GUCGGUCUUUGACUUGCGAAUACAUGAUGAAAGUUUUGUUACUACUUUUGUCUAUGGCAAUUGCCUCUGCAAGUGGCAAUCAGACCACGACAACAGCCUCUCCGGAUCAGCAUGAACCCGAAAACAUCAUAACAAACGGCUAUCCAGCCUACGAGGGCAAAGCUCCCUACAUUGUCAGCCUCAUGAUAAGAACUGAUGGCAGCAAUAGAGUUGGAAUUGGCGGUGGCACCAUCAUCGCCCCCACUUGGGUGCUGACUGCUGCCCAUUGCCUGACAACGGACUACGUGGACAUUCAUUACGGAUCCAACUGGCGAGGAAGAGGCCAAUAUAGUCACAGAGUUCGAAACAAUAAAUUCAUUCGUCACCAUCUCUGGCCUAAUACGAAUGGCAAUGACAUCGGUCUCAUAAACACUCCUCACGUGGAUUUCACAAACAGGGUCAACAAGGUGAAUCUUCCCAGUUUUAACCAACGAAACGAACGCUUUGAGAACUGGUGGGCAGUUACUUGCGGCUGGGGUGGACAGGCUAAUGGCCAACUGGCUGACUGGCUGCAAUGCGUCGAUCUACAGAUCAUGAGCAACAAUGAGUGCUCCCGAGCCUAUGGCAAUCUACCCGGGGGCAUUUUGUGUGUGAGAACACCUGGCGGCAAAUCCACCUGUGGUGGGGACUCUGGAGGACCAUUGGUUACACAAGAUAAUCCCAUUUUGGUGGGUGUAACAUCUUUCGGUUCGGCUGUGGGUUGUUCGGUAGGUCAUCCAGCUGGUUUUACUCGUGUGACCGCUCACUUGGAUUGGAUACGUCAACACUCAGGAGUUGCAUAUUAAUAAUCCAAAUAGUUAUAUUGAAUGAAAAAACUAAUAAAGAAGCAUACUACAAAA